AUGCUGGCUCGGCGACGAAGCUCCCGGCUCGAUAAAGAGCGACAGGCCGUGGAGCAGCAAGUGGAGGAAGCGUUCAAGUUGAAGAGGCACAGUGACACAGCGGAGGCUGUACUAUUACGACGAAAAAGUAGCGCGUACCUGCCACCCACAGAUGAUAGCCUGCGCGUUGCCAAGCAAAUGUUACAGGGCGUGUACUCGUUGCAAGAGCUCUACGAGCGUCAGCAUUUCAUAGAGAAUGCAGCGAGUAGUAUUGCAAUGAUUGGCGUGUUUCUGGUUAUCCUAGACAUCGAGUACUUUAUCGACAAGGACGCCAAGAUGGCAAUUCGCAUCGCUAAUUCUAUUCUGACGAAGAUUCUCCUUAGUCUUGUUCUCUGGCGCUUCGUCUUGGAGCGACGUAUCCUGAUUCGCCGCAACGUGUUGCCACCUCAUGUCACUGUAUUCAGGAUGCCAAAGCAACUGAUACAGUUAGCGCUCGAGCUUGGUGCGUGCUUUAUCAUCAUCCCACCUGGGACCGAUGGCAGCUUUGAAGUGAAAGAAUGGAAAUACUACAUGGACGAUGGGUCUUGUGGUGCACCAUUUGUUGUUCAAGACAACAGUUGCUACCAGGCGUACUCUUACCCGUUUGAAGUGCUGGGACUGUUCUCGCUGCUUCGGCUGUAUAUGAUCCCACGAGUGCUUCGGAACUUUUCAAGUUUUGCCAGUUAUCGCACAUCGUACUUGGGGACACUGCACCGUGUGGACACCAUGGCCCCUCUUUUCGCGAUCAAGUGUUUUCUUCAGUCGCAUCCAUUUCGUUUGCUCGCAUCAGCUUUCUUCGGCACGCUGGUGAUCACUUCGUACGCACUUUCAAUCGUGGAGACGCCUGUGAACCCGAAUCUAGCACCUCUUUCCAAUGCUAUGUGGCUUGUGGCUCUGACGAUGGCUACGGUUGGUUACGGCGAUGUUGCGCCUGUGACUAGUGCUGGCCAAGUGCUCUUAAUAUUUGGUGGAAUGGUUGCCGGGAUCUUGCUCGUUGCAGCACUGAGUGCAGCGCUGUUUGCUCUCCUUCGUCUUGAUGAUCGGGAUAAACGAUUUAUUCACUCACUGCGACUACAGCAAUACGACUAUGAGCUGAAGCAAGCGUGCGCACGUACAAUCCAAACAUCUUGGCGGCGAUUCCAUGAUUUUAAGCCUGGAACCCGCCCCUAUCGAAAGCUUUAUGACAAGCUGUACCGAUUCACGUCAAUUCAGCGGGAACUCCGUAAGAAAUCUGUUGCCGAUUACGUGAGCAUCAAGACAGAAAUGCAACAUUGCCAAGAAAAAUGGCUCUCUGCUCUUCACCAGGAACAGGCAUCCACAUUAAACCGCCUUCAGAAGAUCGAAACUCGCUUGGAUUUUCUCGUGGAGGCGCUGAGUAAGCCUCAAAAUCAAUAG